UCAUCAAGCGUCCUCCCUUGGACCUAUUUCAAGAGUGGUAAAUUGUCUGUUGUGGGCGCUUUAUUCGUGACAGCUGUAAAGAAGGAGACAACCUAAAAAAGCCUUAUUGCAGUUGUAAAUGAAGUGAGAGGCCAAUACAGCUCUACCCAAAACCAAGCCCUGGCACCAAAUUCAGAGAAACUAUAAAAAUAGCUCAUUUUAUCUGUUUUCUUGACAUACAGUCAGCCUGAACUUUGGUUUGUUGACAGUUCAAAUGUUUCCUUAAUCCAAGGUCUGAGGUUGCAUAUUCCAUUAUGAAAUCAUUUCAUUUGUAAGACUUAAGUGCAGAUUCCCAUACAGACCGUGUGCUUCAUUGACUGUAGCACCUCAAGCAAUCUGAUACCUGAACACAACUGAUUACUUGUCAGCAGUAGAAACAUGCUGAGUGUCCUUAUUUAGAUGGACAAAUCAACCUCCAGAUCGGCUAACUGUUGUAGUGGAGGAGGGCACGCAGGGCAAAGAGGGUUACGAGGACAGAGCCGCUCUUGUACUUUCUAAUGUGAUCCAUCAGUCAAAAUUCCCAUCCAUAUGCCUUUCCCGAAGCAAUCUGCAGCCAACCGUGGCACAUUAACAUUAAGGCUUUAGUGAAGUCACGAGAUGACUCAGGAUGAAUGUAAAUUUUGUAUUUCUAUAUUUUUUUUUAUGUUUUGGGUUGAAAAGUGGGAUCUCUUUGUGAAUGCACAAAGCCUAGCAUUCAAUCAUGAACCAGAUUCUUAAAAUACACGCAGUUUAGCAGAGUGCAGGCUGCUGAAGCUAAACAUGUCAGGAAACAGUAUGGUGAGAGGAACCAGGUAUGUUUUACAACAGCUCGCCGGAGCUAUUUCCUUGGGGGAAAAAUGGUGAAAAUUGAGCUCGAUGUUUGUUUACGAUCUUGUCAAGAACAGUAAAACUGAACCGAGGUUGACAUGAAGAUUUAUUGAACAGAGACUAAUAUGUGCGAAUUCAAACAAAGCAAGAAAAUUGUAGUGCAUUUUAAGUUAAUUUAAAGUGACAUGUGAAAAGACACGUAGGACUCUUUCAGAAUGUUUUCAUACCAUACAGUUUUAAUAAGGAAAAUGUACAAAAACAAUAAGUAAAAUAGCAGCUUGAUGCAUUGCCCACUGAUGCAUGCACAGGGAAUGAGCUUGUUAAGCUCUUGCACUGGGAGACAUGAGACAUCCUAGUGCCCUUGUUCUGUCUGUCAGCCUUCACCAGUGGACAUGGGAAUGUAGCACCUGUGUGUGAGCGCCGAGCUCCAGACUUUUGUGUGUGUAUGCAAGCGAGUAGAAGUUGCCUUCUCAAAGAUCUGACAGCCUUGGUCAGACAUCAAGGUCCUGAUGUCCAGUUUUGCAUCACGGUGCCAUUUAGUUGCAGCCAACUCCAGACGGACCUUGAAAUGUUACACAGCUUUAAAGGUCAGAUUCCUCAUAUCGUGCUGCACUCACUCAGUAUUCACAGGAAAUUUUCAUCCACCGCGUGCUUUGAACUACUUGUUCGUGGCAGCUUCCUUGUUUAAAUAAGCUCUUCUUGCAAUUUGCAUCCGAUAUCCUGUUUUUAUUUGCGUGCCAGAGGAACCCCGGACAAAGAACUUUACCAGAAAAAAGGAGAACAAAGUCACUUCAUCAUUGGCUGUUAGGGAACCAUGUGCAGUUCCCUGAGCCCCAAACAGCCCAGCGGGCCCGGCCUGACAGACAUGCAGCAGUACCAACAGUGGCUUUCCAGUCGACAUGAGGCCAGCCUGCUGCCUAUGAAGGAAGACCUGGCCCUGUGGCUCACUAAUAUUCUUGGUCUGGAAAUCACUGCUGAGAGCUUCAUGGACCGCUUAGACAAUGGCUUCCUGUUGUGCCAGCUGGCUGAGACACUGCAGGAGAAGUUCAGGCAGAGUAAUGGAGAUCUGCCUACCCUUGGCAACAGCAAGAGAAUUCCCAAUCGGAGGAUACCGUGUCGGCGGAGCGCUCCAUCCGGCUCCUUCUUUGCACGGGACAACACAGCCAACUUCCUGGCCUGGUGUCGUGAGGUCGGAGUUGGAGAAACAUGUCUGUUUGAGUCAGAGGGUUUAGCAGUAGGUGUAACAACAUCAGUUCUUCAUAAGCAGCCACGAGAAGUCUGCCUUUGUCUUUUAGAGCUGGGCCGGAUAGCAUCACGGUACAAUGUGGAGCCUCCUGGCCUUAUAAAACUGGAGAAAGAGAUUGAGCAAGAAGAGAAAGCGCCUCUACCUCCUCCGUCACCUGUAUCUCCAGCUCAGCCUGUCCCUCCAUCACCCUCUUCAUCUCCUUCCCCAUCCCCUUCCCCAUCCCCAACUCCUACCAAAGUGACUUCUAUCAAAAAAAGCACAGGGAAGCUGUUGGAUGAUGCCGUAAGACAUAUCGCCAAUGAUCCACCUUGCAGAUGUGCAAAUAAGUUCUGUGUAGAGAGACAGUCGCAGGGUCGAUAUCGUGUUGGGGAGAAGAUGCUCUUUAUUCGGAUGCUGCACAAUAAGCACGUGAUGGUGCGAGUCGGUGGAGGCUGGGAGACCUUUGAGAGUUACCUGCUGAAACAUGACCCAUGCCGCAUGCUCCAGAUUUCCAGGGUGGAGGGCAAGAUAUCCCCUAUCAGCAGCAAGUCCCCUAAUAUCAAGGACCUCAGCCCUGACAGCUACCUGGUGGUGGCAGCGCACUACCGCAGCAAAAAGUGAAGACACGAGACUGAAAAAAAUUCCAUUAAUAAAAGGACAGAUUGACUUCGUGCUGUUUUUUACUGUGUAGAGAAGGGGGUGUAGCUAUGCAACAUAUCCCUGUUCUCAUGAAGUAAAUGUUAAAGCUGUAGUGCAACACCAUUCAUAGAAAGCACAUUUUUGUCAUAGUGAUGAUUUUGUUUUGUUGGUUAAAGAUCAUUCUUGGGUGUUUUCAUUUGAUUGGGCCUUGACACAUGUUAGUAGGCCUCUGGGUGUUAUUUACUUUUACAUAACAGCAAACAGCUUUGAAAAACAUGCUCAUUAUUAUCAUCACAGUAUAAUUGGUUUCAUAAUUAGUACAAGGGAAGGUGUAGAUUUUCUUGAGAUUUGAGAUUUUCCUGUUUUUAUUGCAUCUGAAGCAAUAUCACAUAUGGUAGGUAGAACACUUUCAUCUUUUAGCUCCUCAUAUAAAUAUCUGUAUUUGUACAAGGUAAAAACACAAGUUGUUUUUUUACAUGAAAUGAAAUGGGUGCUGGAGAUGUUGGCAAUUUUAUGAAGCCAGUAUUCCUUUGUACCUUGAUGUGGAUUCUAUUGAUUUGUCUGUGCUAGUGUUGUUUUCCCUUUUUUUUUUUUUUCAUUUCCCAUCAAACUGAUCUUCUUAUCUAAAUUUUUAAUAAUACACAGACCCUAUCGGGCUGUGGCUCAAAUGGGAUUUUAUCUCCCACAUUACAAGAAUUAUUUAAACCCACUGAAGUUUAAAUGCUUUACUUUAUACAUUUAAAUUCUUGUAAAAACUCUCAUAAAACCUAAAUUUAUUCACAAAAUGUUAUAGCUUUUUCUUUGUGCAUUUCUUAGUAGGCUAACAAAAUAAAGCAAUGCUCAUAUUGUUUACAUUUUGCAUAACUGUUCUAUGCAGUACAUUUAUAUAUUAGCAUUUUGAUUGUAUUAUGCAUUACUAGAAUAGAUCCCGUGUGUAAUAAUGUCUUCAUCCGACAAUCACAUGUUCGAAUCAGUUUCACUAGCUUGUGAUUUAUAAAUAGAUUUACUCAUUUAAGGUCUCACGUUCUUCACUGUGUCGUAUUACUGACCCCUACAGGUGGUGCAGUGAUUUAAAUACGAUUAUUAUUGAUUACUUUUGGGGGGUUCUUACAAUGGAGAAUUAUCAAUCACUGCAUAAUAACUCAUGUUAUAUUAAUUUGUUUUUAUUCCUGGAGAAUAAAUAUGUCGGUUUGGUAUUAUAUUCACUGGUUGUGCAAAGCAACUUUCAAGCCUGAUUUUAGUUGUAAAUUUCCAAUAAAUGCU